AUGGGUCGGUCCCGAGCAGCUUCGCAUCCCGCUGUAGACAAUCACAACCAGAGUAGGGGCAAAAGAAAGAGAACAGCUUCAGGUACAGAGCCAGCAGAGAACAGUAGCACAGCUCAGAAAGCUGUAGCCCAAGAAACUAGCGAACCCAAAGGGGCUUUCUACCACUGCAAUUAUUGCAACAAAGAUAUAUCUGGGAAAACUCGCAUAAAGUGUGUGGUGUGCCCAGAUUUUGACCUUUGCAUUGAGUGCUUCUCCGUUGGAGGUGAACUUACACCUCACAAAUGCAAUCAUCCAUACAGGGUUAUGACUGGAAUGCAGAUGAAGAGAUGCUAUUGCUUGAGGGUAUUGAAAUGUAUGGAUUUGGGAACUGGACCGAAGUUUCUGAACAUGUUGGAACAAAAAGCAGACAACAUUGUAUUGACCAUUUUAAAGCUAUAUAUGAACUCUCCGCGCUUUCCUCUACCAGACAUGUCUCAUGUUAUGGGAAAGAGCAGAGAGGAGCUUCUUGCCUUGGCUAAGGGCUCGGGUGAAAUCAAGAAAGAAGUUCCCAUGCUUGUGGAGAUUACGUUGAAAGAGGUGUCCCCCUUUUCCACAGGAGUAAAGUGUGAAGAAUCAAAAAAGAAUCCAGCUUGUCAAUCUUCAUCCCACUCAACUGCUGAUGAUGCCUCGGGUCUGGUCCUAGGUGCUGUGAAGAAGGCAUCCAACAAAGCGCAGAUUAAGGAUGAGAUUAAAGUCUGUAAAGUGGAAGAAUCUCAAGUUGAUCGGAGCGUCGGAGGGAAAAAACUAAGGAGUUUAGGGGACGAGGGACCUUCUAUAACAGAAUUUAGUGGCUAUAAUUUCAAGAGACAAGAGUUUGAAAUUGAAUAUGAUAACGAUGCUGAGCAGAUACUGGCAGAUAUGGAAUUUAAAGAUUCUGACACUAAUGCUGACCGGGAAUUGAAACUACGAGUUCUACACGUCUACUCAAAGAGGCUUGAUGAGAGGAAACGUAGGAAGGAUUUCAUACUUGAAAGAAAUCUGCUGUACCCUGACCCUUUUGAGAAGAACCUCUCACCCGAAGAGAGAGAAAUAUAUCAACGCUUCAAGGUUUUCAUGCGGUUCCACUCAAAUGAAGAGCACAAGGAAUUGCUCAAGAGUAUCAUUGAGGAACAACAGAUUGUUAAAAGAAUACUAGAUCUUCAGGAGGCUAGAACAGCUGGCUGUAGGACAGCUGCUGAAGCAAGCAGAUACCUUGAGGAGAAGAGGAAGAAGGAAAAUGAAGAAAGUUCCCUGAGGAUCAAAGAAAGCUCUCAGGCUGGUAAAGGCUUGCAGAUCAGUCCUCGGGGAGCUUUUAAGGGAUCCACAGGUCUGCAUCCUGUUAGCAAGGACUCAUUUUCAACUACACAAGCCAUUUCCAGCUCCUUGGACUAUUGGGACAUAACUGGCCUAGUCGGAGCCGAUUUACUCUCCGAAACCGAACAAAGACUUUGCAGUGAGAUGAGAAUCCUACCUUCACAUUAUCUAAACAUGCUGCAGAUCAUCUCCACAGAGAUUGAGAAUGGCAAUGUUAAGAAGAAAUCUGAUGCCCAUAGUCUGUUCAAGGUUGAACCAUCCAAAGUUGAUAGGGUUUACGAUAUGCUUGUGAAAAAGGGAAUGGCUCAAGAAUAG